AUGGAGCCCAUGACAAAAGCAAUUCGAGCAGCGAUUACAGAACACAAGAAUUGGAAGAAGGAACUCUAUAGUUUCUUGUUAAAUUAUCGGGCAACGCCACAUAGUACAACCAAGUUCUCUCCUGCAGAACUUUUAUUUAAUCGUAAAAUUAAAAUGAAACUGCCAAACCCAGUGCAUCAGAUGCAGGACACUGUAAAAGACAAGCAAGUUCGAGAGAAUGACGUCAAAGCUAAGGAACGAAUGAAAGCAAAUGCAGAUCGAGUGAAAAAAAUGCGAAAGAGUCAAAAAUGUUUAUUGGUGACACUGUACUGGUGCGUCAAAGAAAACACAACAAAUUCUCCACACGGUAUGAUCCUAAACCAUAUCGGAUCACUAAAAUUAAUGGCACUAUGGUAACCGCUUCACGUCCAUUCCAUCACCCGGAAUAUUUCCUUUUACAAAAAGAUUCAACCACAACCUGUUAAGGAAGAGUGGCAAGACAGUGAUAACAUGGGAGGUGACUUAAGUGAUGAUGUAGCUGAUGAAAUCAACCAAGACGGUGAAAAAAAGUACAAGGGAGGAGAUAUCCACAGAGAGACAGGCAACCAACCCAAAGAUACGGUCAGAAUAUUUAUGAAUAUAGAUAAUUAG